UUUUUAGGUUCUGUUUCUGUUUUUUUUUUCCUUUUUCGUUUUUUUUUUGUGGGGAAGAGGAAAAUUUAGUUGUUCUUCUGUUGAGAGCCAAUGGCGGAGGAGCAGAAGAACAUCAAGGUCGAAGCAGAAUCGCCGGCGGCUACGGCUCCGGCCGAGGAGAAGAAGCCUGACGACUCAAAAGCCCUAGCCGUCAUCGAGAAACCGGAAGAGCCUGAACAGAAGAAAAGUUCAUCCGGUGGUUCAAUUGACAGAGACGUUGUUCUAGCAGAUCUGGAAAAGGAGAAGAGACUGUCGUUCAUCAAGGCGUGGGAAGAUAGCGAGAAGACAAAGGCCGAGAACAAGGCUCAGAAGAAGAUCUCCGCCGUUCUUGCAUGGGAGAACAGCAAAAAGGCAGCCAUUGAAGCCGAGCUGAAGAAGAUCGAGGAGCAACUGGAGAAGAAGAAGGCGGAAUAUGGAGAGAGGAUGAAGAACAAGGUGGCAGCGAUCCACAAGGAAGCAGAGGAGAAGAGGGCAAUGGCCGAAGCCAAACGCGGAGAAGAGAAGCUCAAGGCCGAGGAAAUGGCUGCCAAAUACAGAGCCACCGGAAAUAUCCCCAAGGCGACCUGUGGAUGUUUCUAAGCCCUGAUGAUUUUUUUUCUUUUCUUAAAUCAUUGUAAGUUUUUCAGCUGUAAACCUUCUCUUUCAAACAGGAUCUUCGUUCAGAGCUUUGAUCAGACACUGUCUGUAAUGUAUAUUUCUCUUUUUUUGUUUUUUUUUUUAUGGCGAGGUAUUUGGGUGUUCAAAAGUAAAUUUCUGAAGCAUCAAUCGUGUUUUGCAUUU